AUGAGCUGCGCCUUUAAAGCAUACGGUAGCAGUCACUUUUCUUCGUUUUUCGUCAUCAAUUUCUCUCUUUUCGUUCAUUUUUUCUACUCGCAGGGCUUCGGCUUCAAACAAAGGUAAGAUAACACGAGUUAAUUAUUUAAAAAUAAUAACCACGUCAUUUUCGCAGUUUUCCUUCGAAAUGAUUUGGGAGAUCCCGAUCAUCGGUGAUUUCAUCUCGAAACCAUUCAAAGCGGCGAAACUAUAUGAGUUCUACGACCGUCUUCAUCUGUUCACCGUCUAUUUGCUCGGUUUUUUCGUUCUACUCACCGGCGCCAAGCAGCACUUUGGAAAUCCGAUCGAUUGCAUGCUGCCGAAGCAACACGAUGGUAAAUAAAUUUCGCUCUACUGAAUAGAACCGCAAAAUCUGUUUUCAGAUCUGAAAUCGUGGCGGGACUACAUUCAUCACUUCUGUCUUUUCUACGGGACAUUCCGUUACGAAUUGAACCACACGACCAGCUCUUCCGAAUUUGGCAGUUACACCGACGACGCCACGAUCAACUACUAUCAAUGGGUUCCGUUCUUCUUCGCAUUCCAAGUUUGCUGCUUUCUGCUCCCGUUCUGGUGCUGGGCGUACAUGCAGAAGCUCAUUUGUACUGUUCCAUCAAGACAGUCCACGUGGCAUUCUUUCGUUUCAGACAUAGACAUGGCUUUCAUCGUCGACUACGCUGGUGGAAUCAAUGGCGAGAAGACAUUCGAUAAAACCAAAGAGAAAAUCGACAAAAUCGUUUUGUACAUGCACGAACACUUCAAGUUCCGUCGCGCUCAUAAGAUGGGAUGGUUUUCGUGGAUCACGUUUAGCCCAAUUUUCCCUAGCAUCCUUUACAGUCUCACCAAAGUCUUUUUCAUCGCCAAUGUUGUCAUUCAAGUGAAAUUAGUUUGCAAGUUUUUGGACGUCAGUUCUUGGACGUGGGGAUUCGAUGUACGCGAAAUUCCCGAAUGCUUUCACAACAGCUCAUUUUUCAGUUGCUCGAAAAGUUCAUUCACCCGGCUGUGAGGUCGCACGACUUCCUCGCCCUUUCGGACAAACAGAAGUUCGCUUCUCUCAUUGCGGACGGCAACUACAACCGCUUCCAAUACUUUCCAAUCCUUGUCGGCUGCGAAUAUCAGCUGCACGAGUCAGUGAGCCAAGUGGUCAGCCACAAGACGCAAUGCAUUAUUCCGAUGAACGUGAUCAACGAGAAGAUCUUCAUAGGACUCUACUUCUGGCUUCUUUGUGUACGUUCCCUUUCUUUUCUUCAUAUAUCAUAGACCCGUUUCAGUUGACUGCUCUCUCGUUCGUUGGAAUCGUCAAAUGGGCGUUCCGUCUGAAAUGCGGAAAGAGCAACGAAUUGAUGGUUUACAAGCUCAUAAAGAAAACCCUCGAGAAGGAAGCGCUCGGAACGAAUCUUCGCGAUUACCGCUACAAUUUCGUGCAUAACUACCUGUGCUCCGACGGAAUCCUGCUCAUUUACUUCAUGCUCGAUGCCAACGGUUUUUUGAAAACGGAAGAAGUCAUCAGUGCUCUUUUCGUCAAGUACUGCUCAGAGAGCAAUCUGAUCCCGGUAUGCAACCUGAGCAGCCUUCCGAAAUGACGUUUUGCCCAGUUUCAGACGGCUCCUUCCCUCCCGGCCAAAGGCAACGACCCGCAUUUCUCCGGUUAGUUCUCCCGAUUCCCUUCUCUUUAGUAACGUCGUCUUUAGUCUUUAUGGUUGUUUUUUUAGGUGACAACUUCGGUUUCGACCUGCAACACAAGAUCUGA